AUGUCCGACGAUUCACAGACUGCCGGCAAGCGCAAGCGUGCGAGGACCCAGUCUUGCCCUCCUCCUGAGCUACCCCAGCUUGUGGCAGAGCAACAUGUCCCGAUCCCUUCGCAUGACAAGGAUACUCAACGUUUGAUUGUUAUCCUUUCCAAUGCUAGUCUGGAGACCUACCGCGCAUCCAGUGGGCGCAAUGGGGCCAAGGACGAGAAGUACUCUCUGCUGAACAGCGACGAGCACAUCGGCAUCAUGCGAAAGAUGAAUCGGGACAUCAGCGAGGCGCGUCCAGAUAUCACUCACCAGUGUCUACUCACCCUCCUUGACUCUCCCGUUAACAAGGCGGGUCGCCUUCAAAUUUUCAUCCAUACCGCCAAGGGUGUUUUGAUCGAGGUCAACCCGUCCGUCCGUAUCCCCAGAACUUUCAAGCGAUUCGCCGGUUUGAUGGUGCAGCUGCUCCACCGCCUCUCGAUUCGCUCUACCAACUCCCAGGAAAAGCUGCUCAAGGUGAUCAAGAACCCAAUCACGGAUCACUUGCCACCCAACUGCCGCAAGGUCACGCUCAGUUUCGAAGCCCCCGUGGUGCGCACCCGUGACUACAUCGAGUCGCUUGGACCCAAGGAGAGUAUCGCUAUCUUUGUCGGUGCCAUGGCCAAGGGCCGCGACGAUUUCGCCGACUCGUUCAAGGAUGACACGAUUGGUAUCAGCAACUACAGUCUUUCUGCCAGUGUGGCCUGCAGCAAGUUCUGCCACGCGGCGGAGGAGGUAUGGGAUAUUCUGUGA